AUGGAUGUUUUAUGGGUUGGGCGAGUGGUACCGGUGUUUCCGGGGUCGGCACAAAAUGAUCCGCUGGAUGUUUUUUUGGAUUUGGAAAAAGAGGAAAAAGAAAAUCAUGGAAAACGAUUGAGCAUCGAGAAAAUUUACCAGAAGAAAACACAACUUGAGCAUAUUCUCUUGCGACCCGAUACAUAUAUUGGUUCGGUUGAGUAUACUGAUCGUGCUCCAACAUGGGUGUACGAUAUUGAAACGGAUCGAAUAGUUCAGCGUGAUAUUUCGUAUGUCCCGGGCCUCUACAAGAUAUUCGAUGAAAUACUGGUGAAUGCAGCCGAUAACAAGCAACGUGAUCCUAAAAUGAGCCUGAUCAAAGUGAACAUAAACAAGUAAUC